UCGUGUAGUGCGGUCAUGUGGUGCGGAGCCAGCGUGCGCUCGCCUCCCAUCAUUAUCGCCCUCUGAGUGGUCUUCAGUCCUCUCGAACCACAGCCACAGCCAGAACCAAACCAAACCAAACCAAACCGAAUCCAAAUCCGAAACGAACUAAAGGAUUCCAGCGUCCAGGACCCCAGAAUUUUUUGUUCUUGUUUCCGAAUUUCCCUUUGCAACAUUUAGCAAACAAAAAAAAAAAUUUUUUUAAAUAAGAAGUGCUCAAGUGCCAAAAAGAAAGAAGGAAAAGAAAAACACCGGAACCCAUCCAGCUAAGCUGAAGAAAAUAUUUAAUAAAUGUGCCUCCGCCAAAUUAGAGGAAUAAAUAUUAUAUGUGCAAUUGUUAAUUUUUUUCGAGAUUUUUUGUUUUUGUGCGGUUUGAACACGAGUGCGAACAGAACCACAAAAAUAAUAAAAAGCCAAGCCAACAAUAACAGCAUCAACAACAACAACAAAAACAAAAACAACAACAACAAAAAACAACAACAACAGAUACAACUACAACUACAACCCACAACAAGGAUGAAGGACUGCUGCAAAUGCAACAACAGCAGCGACUACGAGCGGAUACGACAGCGGCAGCUACAUAUACUUGUAACUAAAGUGACAUGAGGCCUUAACAACAAUAACAAGCAAAGCAACUACAGCAGCAACAGCAACUACAACAACAAUAAGAACAAAGGAUACAGCAACGGCAACAACAACAAGCAUACAAACAUACAUACAAACAAACAAACAAAAACAAGCCACCGUGGAGCACUAAAAACCAAAUUACAAACAAUUAAAAGCGAGCACAGGAAAGGAUCCUUCGGAGAGCUUGAGAACGGUACUGCGGCCACGCCCCCUGGAAAAACCCACAAACACAGACAGUGAGAAAGGACCCAAAAAGGAGGUGGCAUACGCACACACACACACACAAACACACACAACGCACUUAGACAGGGUCACAAAAAGCCAGCUACAUGCCUCAAUGGCAUCUCCAUCGUUUAUGGCCAACUAAAACUGAGCAGCGGUCCCCCCCAAGGACCCCCGAAUUCCAGGGAUCCUGGGAUCCACCAGUCCAUCAUCGCCGGGACCUUUGUCUUUGUCUCGCAUCACGAACAGAAACUGAAACUGAAACUGAAACAGAAAAGGCAACGGCAACGGCAACGGCAAUAGCAACGCCACCGAAGGCGGCAAUAAAAAGUUUGCUUUGUGUUUCGGUGUCGACACUGCCCGACUUGCCCCCAUCCUCAGUUGCAGACCCUCCUCCUGCCACGCCCACGCAAAACGGUGUCGCCCUCGUUGUCGUGCUUGUCGUCAUCGUCAGACGACGCCUGUGGGCACUCAAUUAAGCCCAAUUCAACGCAACUUGAAAGCGACAACGGCAACAAAAGCAGCUGCCAAAGUAACAAAAACAGCGGAAGGAGCGGAACAACAAUAGCUGGCGAGCAGCAACAGCAGAAGCAUUAAAAGUAGUAACAAUAGUGGAUGGAAUACCAGCGACGACAGCAACGCGUGGCAGCAAUUGCAACAGCAGCAACAGCAGCAACAUCAAUAGUUGGCACCAAAAUAGCAGAAGUUGCAGCAACUGCAGCAGAGGAAACAACAGGAAUACCUUCAGAAGCUUCUACACAAAUCUUGAAUAGAAACGGAAAGAAAGGCGAAGCAAGAGCAGGGAAAACAACAGCAGCAGUAGUAGCAACAUCAAUAGUAGUAGCAACAUCAAUAGGAGAAGAAUAGACGACAGCAACAUCAGAAGCCACAAGCAACAACAGCAGUUACACCAAGAUCAAGAGAAGUAAAAACCAAAGAAACAGCAGCAACAACUGAAGUAGAAACAACAGCAGCAACAACUGAAGUAGGAACAACACCAGCAACAACUGAACUAAAAACAACAGCUAUAGUUGCAAGAGUGCCAACAACAGCAGAGGCUACAACAACUAUUAAAUAAGUAGCAGCAGCAGCAGCAGCUGCAGCAGCAACAGCUGGAUAAACAGCGGCAACAUCUGCAGCUGCAACAGCCAUUAAAGUUGCUGCCACAACAGCAAUACAAGUGGCAAAUACAGCAGGAGAAGCAAUACAAGCUGCAACAUCAGCAGCAACAUCAUCAGUGGUAAACUGAAGCAGCCACGCCCACAGAAACACCUCCGCCCACUCACACGUACACAGACAUAGAAACAGAGGCAGACAGGAGUCGAAACAGAGAGAGAUAGGAGCAGGGGCAACACCCACUGGGACAGGACCACGCCCACGUAUCGCAGGCGUGGGCGGCGGGCGGACUGGUUGAGUGAAUGUCAGGAUGAAACUGAGCGUGAGCGCGUAUCGGGCGCAUGCAUCCGCACACAAGAAGAUCCUCUCCAGCGGCUAUCACUCACAGCUCAACUACGGCAGCACUGGAGCGGCAGCGGCAUCCUCCUCCUCGUCGGGGGCCACUGCAACGGGUCUAUAUACGAUGGAAGCGCACGAGCACGAGGCGGGCCAAUUUGUCAAGGAUGUGGCCCGUCAGGUGCACGACUGCAACAGCGACACGGACGUCAUCAGUCCAACGGGCACCAGUAGUUCCGGCGGCGGCGGUGGGGGCGGUCCCGGCGGCGGCGGCGGCGGAUCCGGCGGUCAGGGAUCCGGGCCCAGCGACGGUGGCUAUCACAAGCGGCACCACAAGAUGGUCCGCGACGACCACAACAACAGUGCGGCCCACUCCUCGGACAGCAAAAGUCCCAGCCAGCGGAAAUCGCGUAUCGGAGAUGGAGCUUCAGAUCCAGAUUCCGAUUGGACACGAUCGAACCAGCGCUGGAUGAAGCUGCGCACCACCGUGCAGAUCUCGUCGGCGAUACAGAAGAAACCACCGCUCAAGCGCGAAGACUCCUUCCUGAAGCGUUUCUCGACUAGACAGAUACCCGAAACACAGGAAACUGUUGAAGAUACGGGUUCAGAAAGUGCCUCUGGUGACGUCGACAAGAGUGUUAAACGACGACGACGCUAUCUGCAGAAACGACGAUCCGUUGUUAAUCCAGAUGAAAAUUUUUACUUCUAUUGGUUAAUGAUGUUAACUGUAUGUGUUCUAUAUAAUCUAUGGACCCUAAUUGUGAGGCAGAGCUUUCCUGAACUGCAGCAAUCUGUGCCCACGUUUUGGCUCAUCUGCGAUUCGAUGACAGAUGUUGUAUUUAUCUUAGAUAUAAUAGUUCAAUUACGCACAGGCUAUCUGGAGCAGGGCCUAAUGGUAUACGAUGACAGGAAGCUGGCCUGCCACUACGUUCACUCGCGCGACUUUAUCUUCGAUAUGAUAGCGCUGAUACCAUUGGAUCUGCUGCAGCUCAAGAUGGGCACACAUCCGCUCUUGCGUUUUACGCGCUUUUUUAAAGUUUAUCGAUCUGUGAGAUUUUAUUACAUCGUAGAGAGUAGAACGGUUUGGCCAAAUUUAUGGCGCGUUGUUAACCUAAUUCAUAUCCUGUUAAUACUGGCACACUGGUUCGGUUGUUUCUAUUUUUUACUCUCCGAGGCGGAGGGUUUUCAGGGCGAUUGGGUGUAUCCUUAUCGACCCGGGGACUAUGCCACCCUGACGAGAAAGUACCUGGGCAGCCUGUACUGGUCGACCUUGACACUGACGACCAUUGGGGACCUGCCCACGCCCGAGACGAAUGCAGAACCGAACUUUUCGGUGGACGGCCCACGAUCAAUACCGAGGCGAGGCAUUAAGUCGCGCCUGCUUCAAUUCGGCUCCAGCUAUGGAUAUAUUUUUACGAUCGUCAGCUAUUUGAUUGGCGUUUUUAUCUUCGCCACCAUUGUGGGCCAAGUGGGCAAUGUGAUAACGAACCGAAACGCGAAUCGCCUGGAGUUCGAGCGCCUGCUGGACGGGGCGAAGACGUACAUGCGGCACCACAAGGUGCCCGGAGGGAUGAAGCGUCGCGUGCUGCGGUGGUACGACUACAGCUGGUCCCGCGGAAGGAUUCAGGGUGGCGGUGACAUCAAUACCGCACUGGGCCUGCUGCCCGAUAAGCUGAAAACCGAAUUGGCCUUACACGUCAACCUCAGUGUGCUGAAGAAGGUGACCAUAUUCCAAGAGUGCCAGCCCGAGUUCCUCCACGACCUCGUGCUCAAGAUGAAGGCCUACAUCUUCACGCCAGGCGACUCCAUUUGCCGGAAGGGCGAGGUGGCCCGCGAGAUGUUCAUCAUCGCCGAUGGCAUCCUGGAGGUCCUUAGCGAGACGGGCAAGGUCCUCACCACCAUGAAGGCCGGCGAUUUUUUUGGCGAAAUUGGGAUCCUCAAUCUGGAUGGGCUGAACAAACGCACGGCGGAUGUGCGGUCCGUGGGCUAUUCGGAGCUGUUCUCCCUCUCCCGCGAGGACGUCCUGGCCGCCAUGAAGGACUACCCGGACGCCCAGGAGAUCCUGCAGACCCUGGGUCGCAAGCGCCUGAUGGAGGUGCGCUGCGUGAACAAGAAGUACGCGAAGGCGCAGAGCGAUAAGGAGGCGGCGGCCUAUGCGGCGGCCCAUCCGGGUCACCACCAUCCGGGCCACCAGGGCCACCAGGGUCACCACCAGGGCCAGGUGCACCAGAGCGACAGCAGCGAGAACAGUGCCUCCAAGAAGAUCGUGGACAAGCUGAAGCACGACGUCAAGGGCUUUCGGAAUGUGCUUAAGAAGUCCAGGACCUCGCGGAAAAGCGACGAAUCCCUGGAGAUGCAGCCGCUGCACAACACCUCGCCCCGCGGCAGCAAGAUCCUGCUGAAGCGCAUGUCGCGGGUGAGAUCGGACGAGAAGGACGCGGACAGUGCGGAGGCCAAGGACGAGUUGCACGACAAGACGCCCAGCCCCAUUGGGGCGGGGCUGCCGCUGCUGCAGCGCCUCCGGCUGCUCAAGGAGAAGCAGGAAUCGAUCCAGGAGGAGCCCGAACGCGAGUUCAGCGAAGGCUUUCCCCUGAUUCAGCGACUGCAGCAGUUGAAAAUUAAGAACGAGCCGCAGGCAAGCGCCGCCGAACCCGGCGUCGUCAUGGUCAACACGCCGCCCAACAUCAGCAGCAAGAUAGACUCCAUUUCGAUUCCAGGGACAAACGGCGGUGGUGGUGGCAUCUCGGCACCAGGACAAUCGCUGACGGUGGCCCAGAUCAAGCCCAUCAUGAAGGUGUCCUUCAAGCAGAAGAUCCAGCAGUUGCAAGGAGGCGGCGGCGGCGGAGGAGUUGCCAUCGGAAUGGGCAUGGGCAUGGGCAGUUCACCGGGUCCGAGUACCGGAGCCAUAGCCAAAAAGGAGCCACCCAAGUCACUGGCCCUGGUGGCCAAACACGGUGCGGCCCCAUCCGAGGAUGCGGUGGCCACUGCGGCACUGGGAUUGGGACUGGGAUUGGGUGUGGGAGCCGGCUCUGGGAUAGCCACCAUAUCGAAGCGGGUGGUCAGGCCCGGCCACCGGUUGGCUACGCCCCUGCAGUCCGACACGGACACCGACGGCACGCCCAUCAAGCCCUGGUCCAAGCUGAAGCUGGCCACCCUGAUGUCCUCCAGCUACACGAGCCUGACCAACUGCUCGCCGGACGACCUGGGUUCGCCGCUGAAGAACUACUCGCUGAGCAACAUACCGCAGCAGAUGGAGACGCAUGCGCGACCACGUCACCACAGUGCCAGGAGCAGCUCCAGAUCGUCGCGGCAGGGACAUGCACAUGGACAGGGCCAUCACCAUGGUCAUGGGAAUGGUCAGGGUCAGGGUCAUGGGCCGAGCUCCACGAGCACCACCUGCUCGUCGGCCAGCCAGGCGGGCAACCAGGUGGCCACCGCCAGCAGCAAGAGGGACUGCCUGCGCCUCCAGAAACCGGAGCAGCAUCUGCCCGACGGCGAACUGACCGAACUGGGCGGCAAUGGACGAAGGAAGCUCUACCAGAGCGUGUUCGAUCUGUCGCCGGAAUACUGCGGCCUGCCGUUCGUCAAGCGGCUGAAGAUCCUCAACGAGCGCCAGAAGCUGGCCGAACUGGAGCGGGCCCUCCAAACGCGCAGCUUCAGCCUGGACUGCUCCAAGUCGGGGCCGGAUAGCAAGGUGCCCAUCACGGAGUCACUGUAUCGCUGCUACAGCGACACAUCCGGCAUCUAUUCGCAGUUCCUCAGUACGUACGAGUCGACCACCAGCUCCACAUCGAUAUCCACCAAUACGUCGGCAUCCGCAUCGGCAUCGGCAUCCGCAUCGGCAUCCGCAUCCGCAUCGGAUAGCAACUCCCGGCAGCUGCAGUAUGUGCCCCUGCCACUCAGUCCCGAGUCAAACGAGACCAUGGAGCGUCGCAAGCUGAAGAGCAUACUCAAGAAGCUGCAGAUGGGCGGGGGGCAGCAGGAGGAGAAGGAGAAGGCCUCGGCGGGGUCAAAGGUCAUGCUGGGACAGGGUCAGGGUCAGGGCCAGGGCCUGCCGGCGGAGCCCACCUUGGAAGGCCCGCCCGCCAGUGCCAAGGAGGAAUCUCCCUUCGGCGGCGCUGCGGCGAUCGGAAUAGUAGCGGUGAAUAAUGGUUGCGGUAACGGUAACGGUAACGGUAACGGUAAUAGUGGCGGUACCGGUACCGGUAAUGAUACGAUCAAUAGUGCCAAUUCGAGUUCGCGUCCGAACAACAGUGCGUAUGCGUGUUCACCGUCGGCGGCGUUUCCGUUUCCGGUUGCGCCAAUUCCGCCGCUUCCGUUGGGAACCGAGGCGAAUGUCUGGUCGCCGACGUUGACGUUGGUAACGCCCACGAAUUCGCCGCAGGAGAGCUUCGCGUUUCCCGCCCAACUGAGGGAGCAGGGGGAGUUGGCGGUGGGCGGACUCGUUGGUGGCGUUGGCACCGUCUCAGCGUCGUCGUCGCCAGCUGGAUCAGCUUUAUCCGGCUCCGCAGCCGCAUCCGCAUCCGCUUCCGCCUCGGCAUCCGCAUCCGCAUCCGCCUCGUAUGUCGUGGAGUGCUCAUCGUCGUCGAAUCAGAUCCUCCAUGCCCAGUCAACCACUGAUUUGAAUUUGAAUUUGCAGCUCAGGCAGAAUACGACCAGUGCGAUGGGCGGACCGGGUUCAGGGCCCCGGCUCGAAGGCUUCCCGGAGGCACAGGACUACUUCAAUCAGAUCCUGAGCGGCAUCAAUCACGUGAUCAAGACGCACAUGAACGAGAUGCACUCCAAGUUCGAGACGCAGUUCUCCAGCAUGGCCGGCGAGGUGCGACGCCGCGAUGCGAUCAUUGCCCAGCUGCAGCUCAAGCUGCGCUCCAUCGAGGGCAGGUCCAGCUCGAUUCCCGUGGCGUCCGCAUCCGCCUCCUCCUCCGGCGCCCUGGUCCUGCCCCUCAGUCGGCGCCAGAAGCGCGAGAAGAUGUCCCAGCUGUCGGUGGACGACGAUGAACCGCCCGAGGAGGAGGACAACAGCAGUUCGGGAUCGUCAGCGGAGCUUCUGUUCAUGCGCGGUGACUCCCUGGACACGGUCUUCACCUCUUCACCGCCCAUCCAGGGCGGCAGACGCAGCAUAUCGCCGGGUCCGAGUCGCCAUCAUGCGGCCUCGGCGAACGCCCUCAAUUGUCCCAGUAGCUACUACGGCGGACCCGGCUCCCUGAGCUCCCGUCAUGCCCAAAGCCAUCCCGGCUUCCACUCCGGCCAGGGCAACGGACGCAGUGGUCGCAGUGGCAGCAGUGGCUACCAUCGGGAGUGGAGCGGCGGGGCGGACAGCAUGGGCGGCCUGGGCAUGGUGGCGGAUGUCACCGGCAAUCUGGCCCGCUUGUCGGACAGCGUCAUCCUGGACAUUGGCGAGAGCUCCAGCUCGAGCUCCUCGUCCAGCAAGAUCAAUAUUGUCCAGGUGGAUGACGAUGAGGAGGAGGAGGAGGAUCCAUCGGCACGGCAUCCACGAGAGGAUGAGGACCUGGAUGAGGACGGCGGCGGUACGGCGGGCCACAACGACUGGGAGGUGCAGAUGCUGGCCGCCGAAAUGGAGCGGCAGGAGCGGCGCAAGCGUGGUCACUCCCUGUCCGACAAUCUGGGCGAGCUGAAGCACUGCAGCACGUUCCUGCGGCGACGACGGAAGUUCAGCGACACGGAAACGGAGUUCAGUGAGACGGAUAUGGAGGAGCAGCUGCAGGCCAGGUCGGGGGGCGGAGGUGGCUCCAUGGAUCCUGCUGCAUCGGGAGCAUCUGGAUCUGGAGGCGGCGGAUCCACAUCCGCCGGACACCAAAGCGGCAGCCAGCGACCGCGGGCCUCCAGUUUGGAUCAGUUCAAUCUGCGUUACGGAAUUGGGCGCGGAAUCUUUAAAGCAAUGAGCAUCGACCGUGAUAAAGACAAGCUUUGAGAACUAUAAUCACGACCAAAUCUAACCCGAUCCAGAUCCUGUUCCCGUUCCCGAUCACGAACCCCAUCCCCAUCACCAUCCCAACCAGAAGCAAGUUCAACGGCGGACAACCAAUAAGCAAUGGAAUUCGGACAGUAUUACCAUGGUACAAGAACUAGGUAUAUGUAUAUGAUAUACAAAACUAAGGAGAUGUAAGGACAUAUAGAUCUAUAUUCUAUAUAUGUUUAGCCCUAACGAACCCCCCCAGCAAAAACUCGUUAUAUACAGAUAUACACAUAUAAAGUAAAACCCGAAUGAGAUAUAUAUACAUAUAUAUAUAUAUAUACAUAAAACAAAUGUAGAAUUAACGGAAACAACUACUACUAAAAACCGAGAAACAACACACAAAUAGACAGAGAGUGUUCCCACCCCUCUUCCAAUUAUGAUUCAUUUAGCUUUCUUAAAUGGCGUCCUCAUUGUUAUGGGUUUCCUAAUUACAUGCCCUUGCAAAGAUGAAUACACUUUAAUCGAAGGUUGUCUUUGUCCGCUUAAGGAAAUUAUUGCUUUUGAAAUUCGCUUAUCUUCUAGAAACAUUUUAAUUAUUUAACUCGUUUCUGUUUAUAAAUCGUUAUUACUGUUCGGGUUUUAUUUUUCUUAACAUACAAAUUAUUAUUUAGUCUUUCAUUUGUCCGUUAGCUGUCCGCUUAAUAGAAUUUCUCCUUGUAGAACUUAAAACUUUUAUGGUAAUGAGUAACAACUUUCGAAUCUGAUUACCUUAAGUUGUGUUUAAAGUUAUUCUUUUAUAUGUAAUCGAUAUGAAAAUUAAAAGUUUUGUUUCUUUAAAGAAGACCCUAAGCCGUCCGUAGUAAUUUAUUGACCAAUACAUUUUGCAAGGGUACUUAACGACUCGGACUGCUAAUUCCAAACAUCUGUUCGUUCUUUCUUUUCCAAAUUGCCAAAAUUUGCAUAGAGGAGUGUGUGUUUGUGUGACCCUGUGAGAGAGUGUAUGUGUGCGAGCAAGAAAGCACGAGAGAGGAUAAUUCCCACAUUAAACCGUCCUGAAAAACGUCCAUGCCACGAUGCGCAUGUUUGUUCAUUUUGGAUAUAUCUGUAUCUGCAACCAAAUCUGCAUUUGUAUCCCAAUCAACUCGGUCUGAACCUAAAUCGGAAUAGUUAGGCGUAUUGCUAAGUUGCUCGUUUAAUUCGUGGACAGCGGGGGCGUGGGUCUCUCUACAGAUGUAUAUACCUCUUAUUGUUAGAGACUAUGGAACAUAUAUAUACAUAUAUAUUUUAAGUACGUACAUAUAUACACAGAAAUAUACAUAGUUAUAUAUCUAUAUAUGAACUAGUGUAAUGAAAACCGAAAGCUUUAAUAACUUAUAUAGAGAACUAUUUAAGAAACGUUUUAAAUAAUAAUCGAUUCGGACAAAUGUUUUGAAAUAGAACAGGCCAACACACCCAUUUCCAAAACGACAAGCCAACACAAAAGACACACAUUAAACAUACACCUGCAUAUGAAUAUCUAAAUAUAGAGCCUAUAAUAUGCAUAGAUUAGCGAUUUUCUUGUUGAACACCCUCAGUUCGAGCUGUUAGGCCAAUCUAAGAUUUAGUCGAACCUAUCGAAAAACAUAGACUAGCCAUCCCAACCCCCAAUUCCCAACUCCCGACGACCCUGCAUUCGUUCGGUUUCGUUCACCCAAUCUCACGCUUGACCUUUGACCUCAAACCCCCCCACUAACUAGAGACACUAUCUCGCUAUAAGAAAGGCAACUCUAGCACUUAAGUAGUUUAGUGCAUUUCAAGAUCAAUUUCGAAUCGAGUAUGUCGCACCGCCUGAAAACAAAUUCUGAAGACUAGGCGAGUAACACGAUUGUUAAUUGUGUUGUUUUUGUUUAUCGUUGCUCUGAACUAAUUGCUUCACUAAAGACAGCUACUAGCCAGGCCCUAGACGCACUCACUAAUCAGCCGGUAGAGUCCGUAGAGAAAAGUUAGACGCCCAACUCUAGAGUUUCGUAGUUUCUACUAGCCGCUAAAAGGAUGUUACUUACUAUCGCUCUGGCUAUCUUGGCUAUCGAUUACUAUCGUACUGUACUUAGCGCACUAAGGCACACACACACACACACACACAGCUACACAGACACACACAAGCGAACAAAAUGAAGAAAGCUGAGGAAGUCAACCUCACAGAUACUUUAUCUAUUCAAGUAUGUAACUAUUUCACAGAUAGAGAAACAUUAAAAUUUGAGAUGAGCUUAAGAAGUAAUCAAUCUUUAUCGAUGGUCUUACAGAAAAACAUUGAUAAAUACCGAUUAUUAUUUAUAGCCAUGACCAUUUCAAAGGAAAAACGAUUUUUUAAUGAGGUUUCAUAUUAACUUGUAUUGUUUAGAUAUUUCUUUAAAAACAUUGUUAAUUUACCAUUUUAAAAUUUCUAAAUUUAAGGUUUUCUUUUAAAAGAAACAAAGUAAUAUAUCUUGAUCGCUGUUUGUUUACCUCUGUUCUUAAUAAAUACGAUGAUUUCAAAUAACCUUUAAACAAUUUGUGAAACUUUGACGAAACAUCGUAUUUCCCUUAAAAGUUGAUUUCUCUACCACUAGUCCACGUGCACAGCAAGAAACAAAAUCUGAAAUUCAAGGAACAAAUUCUCCAAUGGGUUCAAUACAAAAAAACGACCUAAACUACAAAAAAAAAGUACACAAAUAUGCAACAACUUAAAUGGGUCACAGCCAGCUAAGCAGUCCAACUAAAUGUAAUAAGACAAACGACAAGCACAAAACACUUAUGUAAUUCAAAACACAGCCUAAAGAUGAUGGGGCAGAAGUAACUCUAUAAGGAUUUUGAUUUACUCGUUUAUAUUGGGUUCCUUUGUUAAAGGCCACGUUUGAAUGGCAAGGAAACCCAUUUAAAUUGAAUUACAUACGCCAGGGACCACAAAAUGUUUUUUUUUUGUCUCUUUUUUAUAAAACGUGUAGACACAAAAGGAAAACCUAGCAAAUUUAAUGAUAAUAAAUGCCAUAACAAGCAAGUGUUAUUGACCAGGAGGUAGCCGUCAUAUAAUCAUCGAUAUACCCUUAGCCAGGCACCCAUUAUCGACCCAUCCCCGAUAUAUUAUAUAAUGAAUAUGUAUGUCUAACUGAUUUCGUACGUACCACUCACUCUCGGUUCAAUUGUUGUUAGCCAACGAAAAUCUCUGUGAGUCAAUUAUGUAUAUGGAUCAUUUUAAAUCGAUUGUUUUUAAACGAGAAGCCAGACCGAUUAUGACCUACUCUGUAUUGUACUAUAUUGCAUUGAAUACCGCGGAUUGUUGUCGUUGUUGAUUUUAAAUUUUAAAUUGCUCGUCUUUAAGUUACCGAUAUUUUUGUACAUUAGUUUAAGGUAGCGCAUAACGAGUCCCACGAGUCUAGAGUAAAUUCCUAAAUAAAUGUAUAAAUACAUAUAUUUUUUUUUCUCCUAAUUGCUAAUUUCGCAAUGUUGAUCGAUUACUAAACAGAAUGUACUUAUAGUAAAAUUAUACGCAAAGAUAAUUUAAACUAAACUAAACGGAAACUAAUCCCCAAAAGCAAAACAAAACAAAGAACAAAGAAGUUAGCACAUGUUAAAGAAGCGCAAAUAAAAGUGAAAUAAGACAAAAAAUAUGACAACAAACUUGCCUUCGGUUGCGAGUUACUUUGUAGUGUGCCAAAUCUACAUCAUAUCAACUUUUAAUCACCACAAGGUAUGAUGUUGCUGCAAAAUAAUACGAACCUAGAUACGAACACUAAAUGAAACCAAGAAAUGAAACCGAUGCAAGUGAAUUAAAACCCCGUGCAACCAAGGUGAAAUAUGAAAGAAAAAACGAAGCAAACAAAACUUAUUUGA